AUGCAGAUCCUCGCACUCCUCCCUCUCGUGGCCAUCGUCGCUGCCCACAACACCCCCGAGGAGCCAGUAGAAGGGACCGUUUCAACCAUCUACACGAACCCAACACGGGUAGAGCAGUCAACCGUCUCAACAAUCCUCACGAACCCAACACGGGGACAGGAGGAGGCGACUGUUUCGACAAUCCUCACAAACCCAACACGCAGUGCAGAGGAGUCGACCUACACGACCAUAUAUACCAACCCAACACGCAGCGCAGAGCCGUCAACCUACACGACCAUCUACACCAACCCAACACGCGGACCAGAGGACGGGCUACAGACAACAGCCCUCACCAACCCAUCCCAGCCACCACCAGGUAGCACUGUCACCGUAUAUGUCACCGCAUGCCCCGUGUACCCAAACACCACCUUCACUCGUGGGCCCCCUGUGCCUCCCACUCCCAGUGGCGGCGGCCCAGGGACAACCUCUCCUCCGGGAACUGGUGGACCACACCCAAAUGGAGCGGCCGCAGCGUCGUAUAUGGGCGCCAGCGUGAUGGUCGGGUUGGCCGGUGUUGUCGUUCUUGCGGGCUUGUUGUAG